AUAAAUAGCAGCUGAGAGACAGGUUAUUCAUCAACACCAUUGCUCUUCAAUCUGUCAAUUUAAGUUCAGUUCAGAGUUCAGACACACUCACAGAGACAGAUACAUAUAUACGCAUAGAGAAAGAGAGCAAGAAAGCUAGCUAGCUAAGCCAGUGUGUGUGCUGUACGUGGCCGGUCGGUGCUGUUGGUCGUCGUCGCCGUCGCCGGCGAUCGGUAGCUGGCUGGGCGGCCGGCCGGAGACGACGAUGGGUUGCCUGCUGCGGCGGCUGUUCCCGUUCCUGGUGGGCGCGGCGGCGGGCGUGUACGCGGCGCAGAACUACAAGGUGCCCAGCCUCCGGGGCCUCGCCGACCGCGGCGUCGACGCCGCCAGGCAGUAUGAGGAGGCCUACCGCAAGAAGCCCGCCGCCGCCGCCGCCGGGAAGAAGAAGAUCAACAAGACCGUCGAGAUCGACGACGACGACGACGACGACGAAGAGUAAAUUGACAACUAGCUAACGCUAUAGCUAAGCUAGCUAGCUCACCACUCCAUAAUUAAGCUGCAAGGAGAGUAUAUUAUAUUUGUAUAUACUAUGAAAAAACGAGCCGCUAAGUGUACGAGUUAAUUAUAGUUAUGGUAUUUUAUAUGCAUGCACAUGUAUACUAUAUAUGUUUGAAUUUGCUGAAUAAUAUAUGCUUACCUCCGU